AUGGAUAUUAUCCUUGAGAUCUGGGACACCUUCAUUGGUGAUCGCCUCUACUCGACUCUUCUCCCGACCUCCCUCUCCUCCUCCUCCGUCGGCCUGCCGGCCUUUGUCAAUGCCGCCAACAGCACCUUGGCCCUAUUUGGCGCCGCAGAGCCCUUUAUCUAUGAGCCGGCGACACAGUUGAUCCAUUUGGAGCCUUCCAAAUAUGCCUACCUCAGUGCUUGGCCCCGGAAUAACAUUUAUCGCCAAUUUACCAGCUUUUUCCUCAUCACAUGGAUCUUCGGCCUUCUCGUAUACUUCGUCGUCGCAACCGCGUCUUACGUCUUCAUCUGGGAUAAAACCACCUUCAACCACCCCAAGUUCCUCAAGGGUCAAAUCCCCUUGGAAAUCAAGCAGGCCAUGUCUUCCAUGCCCCCAAUGGCCCUUUUGACCGCACCCUUCUUCGUCCUCGAAGUCCGGGGCUACGCUAAGCUCUACGACACCGUCGCCGAGGAACCCUUCCCCUACUACAGCAUCCUCCAGUUCCCGAUCUUCAUUUUGUUCACCGAUUUCUUCAUCUACUGGAUUCACCGAGGUCUGCACCACCCGCUCGUCUAUCGCACUCUCCACAAGCCUCACCACAAGUGGAUUAUGCCCUCCCCCUUCGCUUCCCACGCGUUCCACCCUCUCGACGGCUGGUCCCAGAGCGUGCCCUACCACGUCUUCCCCUUUAUCUUCCCGCUGCAGAAGCUCGCCUACGUCUUCCUCUUCGGUUUCAUCAACCUGUGGACUGUCUUCAUUCAUGAUGGCGAGUACGUCGCCAACAGCCCGGUCGUCAACGGUGCCGCGUGCCACACCAUGCACCACCUCUACUUCAACUACAACUACGGCCAGUUCACGACCCUGUGGGACCGCUUGGGUGGUAGCUACCGCAAGCCUAAUGAGGAGCUGUUCCGUCGUGAGACCAAGAUGAGCGAGAAGGAGUGGCAGCGCCAGUCCAAGGAGAUGGAGACUAUCCUCAAGGAUGUCGAAGGUGAGGAUGACCGCACCUACUCUUCUUCCCACCAGACAAAGAAGAACCUAUGA